AAUUUUCGUAAAGUUAAUUCAUUCGAAAUCACUUUUUUUCACUUUGACAACGUUGUUUUUCAAAAUCAUGGGAGAGAGUGGUAAAGAUUAACAUGUUAAACAUGUAAAUUCCAAUGGAUGAUGCAUAACAAAAAAACAUAUACCCCUCUACUCACUAUAAAAAAGGUACUCGUCAACACAAAUGUUUAAGAAAAGUCACUAAUAUAAUAAAACAUCAGUACUUCCACACAAAAAGAGAGAGAAACAUGUCGUCGACCAAAAUCCAAAUACGAGGGCAACCCCUUUUUAAGGUUCUGACAAGAAACCACCGUAUGAUAAACUCUGUUGUUUGUGGAGUUCCCAUCAAAAGACAACACCGUGUAAGCAAUGUACUCCGUACGAGUGAUCCACCGUUGGGUUCUGUCCCAACAAGAACAGACGAGAGCCAGUUUCUUCGUGGCGAUGGUAACGGUAGAUUCGGGAGGUUCGGUGGAAAGUUUGUACCGGAGACAUUGAUGUCUCCCCUGAGAGAUCUCGAAGAUGAAUUUGAUUUUGUUUUGAACGAUCAUGAAUUUCAGGAGGAGCUUACUACAGCGUUAAGAGACUACGUAGGAAGAGAAACGCCUCUCUACUUCGCCGGACGUUUAACCGAACACUACAAGAACAUAUCUCAAACCACCGGAGGUGGACCCGAAAUAUACCUGAAAAGGGAAGAUCUUAGCCACUGUGGGUCCCAUAAAAUCAACAAUGCUCUCGGUCAAGCGAUGAUUGCCCGGCGGCUUGGUUGCAAGCGUGUGGUGGCAGCAACAGGAGCCGGUCAACAUGGGGUCGCCACGGCGGCUGCUUGUGCGAAGCUCUCCAUUGAGUGUACUGUUUUCAUGGGAACCACUGAUAUAGAGAAACACUCCUCUAAUGUACUUUCCAUGAAACUGCUUGGUGCUCAGGUGAAAUCAGUUGAAGGAACAUUUAAAGAUGCAAGUUCAGAGGCUAUUCGAAAUUGGGUUGGAAACCUAGAAACCACAUACUACUUAUCCGGGACGGUGGUAGGACCCCACCCAAAUCCGUUAAUGGUACGCGAGUUUCAAUCCGUGAUUGGGAAAGAGACAAGAAGACAAGCAAAACAACUAUGGGGUGGUAAACCUGAUGUGUUGGUGGCUUGUGUGGGGAGUGGCUCAAACGCAUUGGGACUGUUCCAUGAGUUUCUUGGGGAUGAGGAUGUGCGACUAGUCGGGGUAGAGGCCGCGGGACUGGGUCUGGAUUCAGGGAAACAUUCAGCUACUUUGGCCGUUGGAGAUGUUGGUGUGUAUCAUGGCUCCAUGAGCUACUUAUUGCAAGAUGAUCAAGGACAGAUCCUUAAACCACAUUCCAUAGGAGUAGGAUUAGAGUAUCCCGGAGUUGGACCAGAGAUUAGCUUUCUGAAAGAAAGCGGAAGAGCCGAGUUCUACACAGCAACAGACCAAGAAGCCGUUCAAGCGUGCAUGUUAUUGAGUAGAUUGGAGGGAAUAAUCCCAGCUUUAGAAGCAUCUCACGCGCUGGCGUUCCUCGACAAACUUGUUCCUACUCUGCGCGAUGGUGCCAAAGUGGUCGUGAAUUGCAGUGGCCGUGGUGACAAAGAUCUAGACACUCUCAUUCAACGAGGCAUGCCUUCUUCUCUUUGUUGAUUCACCGAGAUGCCACAUUAUACUUGCAAUCGAAUGGAAGCAAUCACAACCAUCACUAUGAAUGAAAUAUAAAUACUAUCUAUUAUUUCAACCUACCAGUUACCUAGUGUAAUUUUUAGAUGCUUUUUGAUAUUUAUCAAUUAUCGUCAAUUAGUAUCUUUAAGUAUUAAAAUUUGUUGUUACUAAUAAAUAAAAUAAAUCUCUCUAUGUGAUAAA